UCUGCGUUUCUCCUCUUUCUUUCCCUUUCCAGUUUCUGUUUCCCCUCUCUUCCAGGCAUCCAGCUAUUUAGGGCUCGUUCCCACUUUCAGAUCCCGCUACCCUCUGCCGCCAAAGCUGCUCGCUUUGCUUUUCAGUAUACGAGGUCGGCUCUUCCUCUCUCUCCGCCAAUCCUCUCAUCUUCCCAAACUUCAAAUUUCGCUUUCCGUGGAUUCAACUUGUUGUAAACUCAUAGAUUUAGUCCUUCAUUCUUCUUUGAAACGCUGAGUUUCCUUCUCAAUUUUGUUAUUUGAUUCGGUCAAGUGUCCAUUGAGUUGCGCUGAUUGGAACCCUCGAUUGCGUGAUCCUUUCUGUAUAGGUUCAUCGAAUUGGGAUUUCGUUGCUACGAAGAAGAAGAAUUGAAGUUUGUGUCGUGAAAGAUUCCAUCUUUAUCUGACUUUAAGGUUUCUUUCCUUCCUGGUUGAUUACUGCUUCAUUACGUCAAGUUAAGGAAUGGGAUUGCCUUUUCUGUGUCUUUGAUGGAUCCUGAAGGCAAGAAGUUCGGAAGAGGGCCCAGGGAACUCACCGGUGCUGUGGAUCUUAUAUAUCACUAUAAAUUGGGGGUACACCAUGAGUUUUUUUGCAAGAGAUCGCUUCCUUUGUCAAUCUCGGAUACACACUAUCUCCACAAUGUUGUAGGAGACACAGAGAUUAGAAAAGGAGAAGGGAUGGAAUUGGGGCAGCUUCUCCAGAACACCCCAUACGUAAGAGAUACAAAUGCACAAAUUCAGCCUUUUGACUUGGAUACCCUGAGAGAAGCAUUCCUGCUGAGAGAAACAGCCCCAAUCGAUCUUCCUUCUUCUGAAAAGGGGAUCCCCACCAUUGCUGGAAAAUCAAAAAGUGAAUCGAAGGACAAGGAGAAGAAGCAUAAAAAACACAAGGACAAGGAUAAAGAGAAAGACAAGGAACACAAGAAGCACAAACACCGCCACAAGGACAAAAGUAAAGACAAAGAGAAGGAGAAAAAGAAAGAUAAAAGUGGACAUCAUGAUUCUGGUGCUGAACACUCAAAGAAACACCAUGAAAAGAAGAGGAAGCAUGAUGGGAGUGAGGAUAUCAGUGAUGUUCACAAGCAUAAGAAAAGUAAGCAUAAGAGCUCGAAGAUCGAUGAGAUAAGUGCAAUAAAGGUAGCGAGCUGAUUAGUUGGCAAUUGGUCUUGUCUAUUUUUAUCUUCAUAUUUGGUGCCAAGGAGGAUAUUUUUUUCAUCAUUAUGCUUCCAAAUCUUGUGAGAUACAAUUCUUUAACAGACUGAGGAACUAUAAAAGAGGUUUGCAAUCACCGGUUGAAGCAUAUAACCACUGAAGCUAACAAUCGAUGAAAGUAUGUCUGUAUCAUAACUGGAGCUUAAUUUAACUGUCAGUACUGUUCAAGCUUUUUUCUUCUUUCUUCAAUUUUCUCAACAUUUUUGUACAUUAUCGUUGUUGUCUUUUCUUUUCCCAUUUAUGGACAACUUUCAUCUGAUUUCUGGUUUUGCAGCUUUCAAUUGUAGGAAGAGUGGGGUUAUUAGAUGGAUUAACAACCAACAUUUUCAAAUGAAAAUUCUCUAGGUCUAACGUCCACUAACAUAGUUGUAGCUGAGGUAUACUGAACUACAGAAUACAGUCCAGUUGAAUUUGAAUUAAUGUAACAAGGCCUGUUAGAGAGAGAUGAGUAGAGUUGGAACAGGAGAGAGCGAUGAGAAAGGAAAAUGAAUGUACUAAAUUUUUUGCAUGAACGUCUAGACGUGAAGCCAAGGCACAGGGAUCGGUAUUACAUAGUAAAAAUUCCAUCUGUCUCAUACUUUGUA